AUGUUGCCGGCCGACGAUGCCACGAUCAGGGAAAAUUUGUCGGCUCGGUUACUCGCGUCAAAUAGCCACCGCGCCUCCAUUGAAGCCCGUCAGCCUUUGCAACGACAUACGGCCGAGAUUAUCGACGCAAAGCAGGGUCAAUUGCAUCUCUCCAAGUCAUUGACUCAUGGCCGAGGCAGGACUGAUGUUUGUUUGUGUUGA